CGGACGUCUUGGAUCUCUCGUAAAACUGCGCCGCUCUCUCAGAACGCUGGGAAACGUCAACAGGAAAACUAUCGCACGCCACACACACACACACGUCGGACGGAACAACCCAAACGUCGAACGAGCAAAACAUCAUCAUCAUCCGGGUGCGAUUUUGAGAAAGCGGGUGACGCAUCAACAACAAGUACAAUACUACUAACGGGUCCUUCAUUUUUCGGCGUGCUGACGCUGUAGUCUGUGCGCGGCUCUAGUUGAGGUUCGUUGAUUGAUUGUUAUUGCUUGACAGCCAAUGAUGAGCGUAUGAGACUAUGGUCUCGACGCUUAGUGCCAGUGCUACGGAACACCAAACGCCUACGACAACAACAACAGCAGCCACGUGAAAAGAAAAAUCGUGCGUCGCGUUGUCCCUUUCCUGACGGGCCAUUGAAAAAAAUAAGUGUCGGAUAAAUAGACCGCAAUCAUGGCGAAGACGAAGAAUUGGAGGACAUCAGUCAGCUGGACGUUACCCAUCACCCUGUUGCCAUGGCUUUUCAUCUCGAUGGCAGUGGCGGAAAGCCGCUAUUUGCCGGAAUUCGAGCGGCCGCUACCUAACCAGACGGUGACUCUGGGCGGUGAAGCCGUCCUGUCGUGUCACGUCGCUCAUCUCGGCGGCUACAAAGUCGGCUGGAUCAAAUCCGACUCGAAAGCCAUCCAGGCCAUCCACACGCACGUCAUCACGCACAACUCUCGGGUGUCGGUCCGACAUUUCGGCCACACCGUCUGGCAGUUGGUCAUCGCCGACGUCCAGCGGGAAGACGAAGGCCUCUUCAUGUGCCAAAUCAACACGGAUCCCAUGAAAAGUCAGGUGGCGUACCUGAGAGUGGUCGUGCCGCCAGAAAUAGAGCCGACCGACAACGGCAGUAAUGACGUCAUGACUUCCGAGGGAAAUUCCAUCAAAUUGGGAUGCAAAGCUAAAGGUGAUCCUGCGCCGACAGUUCGCUGGCACCGUGAAGAUGGCGAAGACAUCACAAUGCGGACAGUCAACGGCGAACGUCUCCGCUUCGCAUCGUACGAGGGUGAGACGCUGUCAUUGAUAAGAAUUAGUCGACUAGACAUGGGCGUCUAUGUUUGCACAGCUGCCAACGGCAUUCCGCCAGCCGCUUCACGUCGCAUCGUCGUCAAUAUUAAUUUCAAUCCGGUCAUUAACGUGCCCAAUCAGUUGAUUUGGUCGACCCAAGGCAAUAAUUUCACGAUGGAAUGCAACGUCGAAGCGUUCCCUCGCUCCGUUAACUAUUGGAUUAGGGGCGAUGGCGAAUUGAUCAUUUCGGGCAACAAAUUCGGCGUGUCUGAAGUGCGUGACUCGAUAUUUGCUUCGAGGAUGGCAUUGACGGUGCACUCGUUCGAAAAAUCGGAUAUUGGCAAGUACCGGUGUAUCGCCAAGAACUCGUUGGGCGAAGUUGAAGGACGCAUUCACGUCUACGAAAGUAACUCUUGGCCGGCUGCCCGGGCAACGACGAGGAGGCCAAUCGACUACUCUGAAGAUCUGGAAGAGGCCAAUAACGGCCUGGAUCAUCACCACCAUCAACGACAGCAACACCAGCAGAGGCGACAGCAACAGGACAAUGAAGUAGACGAGCGCAAUGACGUCGAAGAUGAAGAUGAGAUUCACCAACAAGGCGAUGGCUCCUUGGUAUUAUCAAUGCCACCGCCAGGUCGCGACACUUUGCAUUACCAGUUGACGACGACCGAGAGGAGCUUGUGGCGUAGCGGCAGCCGCAGUGGCUCCUCCACCCUCACGUUCCAUUUGGUUCCGCUAUUCUCUUCGGCCGCGUUCACUUCUUUCCUCUGCCUAGUCCUAUCUUUACCCCAUUUCAUUCCGUUUUACCGUUACAUUUAAAUCACGAUU